AUGCACGUUCUUUUAACCAACGAUGACGGUCCCAUAAACAACCACUCGUGUCCCUACAUGAAGUACUUUGUGGAUGAAAUCAAGACUUCAACAGAUUGGGAUUUGUCAAUUGUUAUUCCCGAUCAACAGAGAUCCUGGAUCGGGAAAGCCCAUUUUGCGGGCAAGACUUUGGUAGCCACCUAUAUAUACACUAAGUACUCCACUGCCAGCCCCAAUCCCCACGUCAAUGCAUACGAGGGUCCAUUUGACCACCCCGUGGCGAAAUACUCAAACGACAGCGAAUAUCAAGAAUGGUGCCUCAUAAACAGCACGCCUGCAGCAUGCGCCGAUAUCGGCAUCCACCAUUUGUACAGACACUCCAAGGACAAGCCCGUGGACUUGGUUAUCAGCGGACCCAAUUUCGGAAAGAACUCGAGCAACUUGUACAUAUUGGCUAGUGGCACAGUUGGCGCGGCAAUGGAGGCCGUCACACACGGAGUCAAGGCAAUCGCAUUGAGCUAUGCUUUCAAUAGUCUAGACCACGAUUUCCGCAACUUGAAAGAGGCGGCAAAGAUUUCAGUCAAGUUGGUUCAAAAACUUUACGCGCAGCUCGAUGCAAACAAGGAGAUUGAUUUGUUUUCCGUGAAUGUGCCCCUCGUUGACUCGUUGAAACUUGGCGAGACCAAGAUUUACUAUGCGCCCAUUUUCCAAAAUACAUGGGCCUCGAUAUAUGCUCCCGCGGCUGAGCCAAAUGCUCGCGGACAGUUGGAGUUUCAUUGGGCUCCCAACUUCAAACAGGUUUACAAGGAUGGGCUCAGCGACCAGGCCCACACAGAUAGCCGCGUCUUGUUGAACGAGGGAGUCAGCGUCACGCCAAUGAAGGCAGCCUUCAGAGCUUUGGACACGUUGGUCGGCGAGAUUGACCUCUCUAAUGACAACACCGUAAAUGAGAAGCGCCAAAAAGAAGCACCAGUUUUUUUGAUAACAAUACCGAAGGAGUCGUAUCUAUACAAGCCUUUAGUCGCACCUUUUGCUAAACUCGGGUAUCGUAUAAGCUCAGACAGCAACGUCAUUAGAUCAUCAAACGCGGUUUUCCACUACGGCGAAUAUGAGCAGAUUGACUUGGAUGCAAUUCACAGAGACAAUUAUUUUAUUUCCUCCUACAUCUAUCGAAAAGCGCUCAUUCGAAAGCACUAUCUUGCCAAUACCGUGCGUCAUUACAUUACAAAGAAACCCCAAUCGGUAUUGGCGAGAGCCGUGCCGGAAAAUUACCAAUUGGAGCUUGAUUAUGCCGAGUUUUUGGACGACGCGUUGGACGAAGUUCCCGAGCUUAGAGAUGCCGUCGAGCCUGGCCGCGACUGGUGGAUAGUGAAACCAGCGAUGGCUGAUGGGGGCCAAGGGAUUGGAAUAGUAAAGACAUUAGACCAGUUACAGAGCUACUUUGAUUCUUUUGGCAAUGACGACGACGAUGAGGAACAUGAAGAAGGAAAAGGGAAAGAAGAGGAACUUGAUGACGAUGAUGAUGACAGCUUGGAGUGCGAUGAAGUUAAGGGGGAUAACAGAAACCGCGAGUUGAUCUUGUCGCAAUUGAGACAUUUUAUAAUCCAACGGUACGUUUCGAACCCGUUGUUGUUAUCAGACUACAACAACAAGAAAUCCCACUUGAGAGUUUACGUUCUUGCUCAGGGCAACAUCAAUGUCUUUGUUUACAGAAACAUCUUGACCUUGUUUGCAGGCCAACCAUACACGGCUAACAAGGAUGAGAUACAAGGGGUUGAGUUGAGCGGGCACCUCACCAACACAUGUUUACAAGCUGGAGACGAGGUCCUUGUUGUUCCCUUUUGGAAGUUGCAAGGCAUCACCAAAACUGCCAAAGUCGACAUUUUCAGCCAGAUUUGUGAAAUCACAAGAGAAGUGUUUACUGCUGCCGCAACGGUGGACAAAUUCAACUUCCAGCCGCUUGAUAAUGCCGUUGAGUUCUUUGGCGUCGACUUUCUCGUGGAUUCCAACUUUCAGGUACAUUUGUUGGAAGUCAACUCGUACCCGGACUUUAAGCAGACAGGAGAGGAGUUGAAAGACAUCAUCUUUGAACUAUUUGACCUUGCUGCAACCGAAGUGAUACACCCCAUGUUGAGCAAGUCAAAGAUUGACAAGUAUAGCAAGAACUUGCACAAGGUUCUAUAG